AUGAAGUUCCGAAUAGAGGACCUCGACGUGUACUUCCCGUACGAGUACAUCUACCCGGAGCAGUACGAGUACAUGGUGGAGUUGAAACGUACGCUGGACGCCAAGGGCCACUGCGUGCUGGAGAUGCCGACGGGCACGGGCAAGACCAUCACGCUGCUGUCGCUCAUCACGUCGUACCAGAUGGCGCGCAAGGGCACGGGCAAGCUCGUGUACUGCACGCGCACCGUGCACGAGAUGGAGAAGGCGCUCGCCGAGCUGCGCCUGCUGCACGCCUACCAGCAGACCGCGCUCGCGGGGGAAGCCGCCGCCGGCGCCGGCGCGGGGGGAAACGGCGCAGGGGGGAAAGGCGCGAGCGGAGUCCCGCGGAUAUUAGCCCUGGGGCUGAGCUCGCGCAAGAACCUGUGCAUCCACCCGGUGGUGGCGGGCGAGGGGUCGCGCGAGAGCGUGGACGCGGGGUGCCGCAAGCGCACGGCGUCGUGGGUGCGCGCGGCCGCGCUGGAGAACCCCGACAUCGAGGUCUGCACCUACUUUGACCAAUUUGACCGCAAAGGACAAGAAGCCGCUCUGCCGCCCGGAGUGUACACGCUCCAGGACCUGCGGGCGUUUGGGCGGGAGAAGGGGUGGUGCCCGUAUUUUCUGGCACGGCACAUGAUCAAUUUCGCUAACGUGGUGGUGUACAACUACCAGUACCUGCUGGACCCCAAGGUGUCGGGGAUAAUCUCGCGGGAGCUGGAGCGGGAGAGCAUUGUGGUGUUUGACAAAACCCACAACAUCGACAACGUGUGCAUCGAGGCUUUAAGCGUCAACGUGCGCCAGCAGACCAUCGAUGGUGCUCACAGGAACCUCGCCCGGCUCAACACAACCAUUGAGCGGUUCAAGGCAACGGGCGCGGAGAGGCUGAAGGAGGAGUACCGACGGCUGGUGGAUGGACUGGCGCAGAGAGGCAACUUGCCAGACACGUGGCUGGACAACCCAGUGCUACCAGCAACCAUCCUACAGGAGGCGGUGCCGUGCGGAGCACUUCCUGGCCUUCUUGCGCAGCUUCCUCACCUACCUGCACCUACCCCUUCUCACCUACCUGCACCUACCCCUUCUCACCUACCUGCACCUACCCCUUCUCACCUACCUGCACCUACCCCUUCUCACCUACCCAUCUACCGCACAGUCCAUCUCACCUCCUCCUCCCUCACUCUCCCCACCUCCUGCCAACCAUCUCCCUCUCCCUUCCUCUCAUCCACCCCCUCCCCCCCUUUCCCCUCUCCCUAUUAUACAUGGGCAAACGAGUCGACAUCGGACAUGUGGCUGGCGAACCCACUGCUGCCAGCGGACAUCCUACAGGAGGCGGUGCCGGGCAACAUCCGCCGCGCGGAGCACUUCCUGGCCUUCCUGCGCCGCUUCCUCAGCUACCUGCAGGCGCGCCUCAACACCACGCGCGUCGAGUCCGAGGGGCCCCUCGCCUUCCUGCAUGCCCUGCAGGCGACGACGGGCAUAGAGAGCAAGAGUCUGCAGCUGUGCUACGACCGGCUGCAGUCGCUGCUGCUGACGCUGCAGGUGGCGGAGGUGGACGAGAUGGGCCACGUGCAGUGCGUGUGCGACCUCGCCACGCUUGUCGGCACGUACACGCGCGGCUUCGCCAUCAUCAUCGAGCCCUUUGAUGAACGCCAGCCGCAACUAGCUGACCCCGUGCUGCAGGUGGGUGCUGCAGGUGGGUGCUGCAGGUGGGUGCUGCACGUGGGUGCUGCUGCAGAUGGGGCGGUGCCACUCUCUUUUCUCCCCUUUCCUUCACUCACGCUUUCCACUACCCUUCGCCCCCACCCCUCUCCGCCCCCACCCCUCUCCGCGCCCACCCCUCUCCGCGCCCACCCCUCUCCGCGCCCACCCCUCUCCGUCCCCACCCCUCUCCGCGCCCACCCCUCUCCGCCCCCACCCCACUCAUCCCCUUGCCCGGCAGCUGAGCUGUCUGGACGCCUCAUUGGCCAUCCGGCCCACCUUUGA